AGUAACAUCAAUUCUGGGAUUAGUGUCACGUUCCACAUCCAAUUUACUAUAAUCAAUCUCACUAGUUUUCGCUUAAUCGCGUUUAUGCUUGAAUAGGCCCAAAAGCAACCAAAGGCCCAGUUACAAGACGAAUUCAUUGGCCUUUACCUUUGUUUUAGAUGGUGGCACCUGCUCCGAUGACUCUUGGAGACAAUCUGUCCAGUGUCCCCGUCCCCACAUGUUCGACUAUAUUCCUCAGUGAAGGCGAUAACGCCCUUAACCGCCAUUUUCAGCUGCCAAGCCAAGGAGAUGUGGCGGCGCGCUGCUUCGCUUUCCUCGUUGAUCUUCUCCUCUAGUCAGCCUCUCCGUGAUCAGCAGGGAGCAUAUUCAUUGAAGGCCUGGAAAUUUUUCUGUGCAGAUUCCUCUAAGGGGGCAGGUUAUUUCUCGAAAGAGAAAAAUCUAUUUAUAACCUUUGUCCUAGGUGGCCCUGGAAGUGGAAAGGGCACUCAAUGUGCAAAAAUUGUCGAGAACUUUGGAUAUACACAUCUAAGUGCUGGAGAAUUGUUAAGACGGGAGAUAGCUUCAAACAGUGAAGAUGGGGCCAUGCUUCUUGACACUAUUAAAGAAGGGAAAAUUGUUCCUUCAGAAGUGACAGUGAAAUUAAUUCAGAAAGAGAUGGAAUCUUGUGGUAAUUGUAAGUUUCUCAUCGAUGGCUUCCCACGGAAUGAGGAGAACCGCAUAGCAUUUGAACAGAUUGGCCGAGUUGAUGAUAAUAUCGAUACUAUUAGGAAACGCCUUAAAGUGUUUGCGGCUUCACAUCAUCCUGUAAUCGAACACUACUCAAAGAAAGGAAAGUUAUACAAGAUUGAUGCUAUUGGAACAGAAGAUGAGAUUUUUGAACGAGUUCGCCCUGUGUUUGCUGCAUGUGAGGGAGCACAAUGAAACUUCAUAUGUGCCGCUAGCAAAGUUCCCGGCAGAUAUCUGGGAUUCUAAUUUUUGAAUGAUAAGGAGGCAGCUUUCGCCUCCAAGGGAGAUUCUUCUUUUCUUGAAGCUUCUUUCCCCCGCAUUUUUCCCAAUGGUUGUAUAUAGCCCCUGUUUAGACAAACUGCAUAAUCCUUGCAAUGCAAGGUAUUUACCUUUGCAACUGGGUUAAAGUUAAAGAACAGUUGCUGGAAUCCUCUGGUAGUCUAUGCAAAGAUGAAUCAAGAUAUAAACGUUUGCUACCUGUGCUCACAAUUUGUUUCAGAUGAAUUCUGCAAGGGGUUGGAGGCAGAAGACUUGUGCUCGAAUUCGAUUCUAUUGCCAGAGAAGAGUUCUAUUGGGCCAA